CCAAAGUUUUGCCCUAUAUAUAAAUAAAAGAAAGCGAAGGGACCAGUAAUUCUCGUUAUAAUAUAAUUUUACGAGUGUCGGCUCUCUAUAACUUAAUCCAACAAAACAAACCAACUCACUCGCCAUGACUCAAAAAACUCAUGAAGCCGGUAAGUAAAUUCAAAAUUUUAAAUAUAAUAUUAUUUUAGUAUUAUUUAGUAUAAAACUAUACUAAUAGUAUAAUUUAAUUUUAAAAUAUUAUCUUGAUUAAUGUAAUAAUGUUAUUUAAUUUUAUUUCAAGCAAUAACUAUUCAUCAUAUUACUAUUAUUAAUACCAAUAGAAAUGAAAAUAAAUUGCCAUAUGAUAAAUCACCAAAAAUCAUUUGCCGUUUAAGUAGUUUGUUGGUAAAUUAGCACAGAACGGCUCUCCUCAAGCAUCUUCUUCACCCAUUGGCCAUGGCAACAAUUUUUCUUACUGGUACAGUACCCAGGAUCUAGAAAACUUCGUAGUUUUGGGCAGAAAUCUGCAACAGAAGUGAAAGAGUUGCACAGAACCAUGUAAUUAAUACAUUCUUGGCCCCAUAAUAGAAUGUAUGCCUACACUUGCCACUGCACAGAAAUAAAAUCCAAGUUAUAUAUGUUAACUAAUUUAUAUUUUCGACGAUAAUUUCAUUAUUACUGGUACUGGUCAGUCACAGUUAACUACAAUACAUGCUCCGUCACAUCAGCCAGACUCAGAGGCAAAGUAACAAUGGUACAACCAGGACUUUGCAAAGAAAAAAUUCAUCUUCGACAAACCCUGAUUUCUGAUUCAUAUGUGCCUCCUUUAAUUACCUCAAUUUUUACAUAAUGGAUUAGAAAGAAAGUGACAAAAAUAUUUAAAUUGUCACGAAAAUAGAUCAAAUGUAACAAGUUUAAGUAACAUCACACAUUUAAAAUUAUAAUUUUUUUUUAUCAGACAUAAAAAAACUGAAAAUGACAGUGAUGUUAGACUUUCUGUUGUGCUGGAUGAAUUCUGACAAAAAAUGUCACUUAGUACUAACUUAGUAGUAUCUAAUUUUAAUGUUGAACCAUGUUUUAGAUUGAAUUUUAAUUAGUUGUUAAUAUUUAAAACAAUUUCUUUGUUACUUUGGAAUUGUGACAUACUUAAGUGAGGGUGGGGUGAGAUUGUGACGGAUUUUGUCGGGAGGGGGGUACCUCCUCAUCCUCAUGUCCCUUAGUCCUUGGACCAUUGGGGCGCCACAGAUGACAUGUGAACCAUCCUCCUCCAUUCCUCUCUGUCUUCAGCACUACGCAUUGCAUCGCCCAGUGUUAGUCAUGUCCACUCUUUGAUGUUAUCCUCCCACCUUUUUCUUUGUCUUCCUCUUCUUCUCCCUCCUCUUGUGGUGCCCUGCAAUAUUUCUUUGGCAAGGCUUUGUUUCCUUGUUACGUGGCCGUACCAUUGUAUUUGCGUUUUUUCACAGUUACCAGUAGGUCAUCGUAUUCCCCAAUGGCCUGACGAACCCUUUCUUUCACUGUAUCAUUGGAGAUAUGGUCCCUAUAGCAGAUGUCAAAAAUGUUUCUGGAGCAUCUCAUCUCCACCACCUUUAUUUUCCUUUCAAGAUCGGCUGUUAAUGUCCAGGAUUCGCAGGCAUACAGGAAAAUGGGGGGUGCACCAUAAUGAAAUAUAGCAAGAUAUACUUUAUGAAUGCGCCCCCCCCCCCCCCCCCCUUUUUUUUUGCCCAAAAAUGUUUGAAAAGUUAAUAAGCUUUUGCUAGGUCAAGGUGAAAUUUUUUAAAAAGAUUUUUAUUUAGCAAUUUAGGACUGUUGACAGGCUUUAAACAGGGAAGGGGGAGGGGCUGAGGCUCAAAUUUCCACUCUUCCUUAGCCUUAUGACUUGCUGUUUUAUACAGUAGUCAGUAGAACUAAGUUUCAUAAUUGCCUCUCUGUCCUUUUUCUCUUAUUUUAUUGAAAUUUAAGCAGUAAAUGGCCUAAUAUAUUUGUUGUGCUCCUUCCAUGUAAAAUAGAGAAAACAUUUAUUUUUACUGAAAGGUAGGGCAUAUUGUCUCACACCACAUUCCAAAACCACAUUCCAAUUUAUAAUAAGUAAAAGUAGUAAAAUGUACCAAAUGAAUUGUCUGAUCUAAUAUCAUAUUUUCUAGAGUGUAAAAAUGGUAAUGAUGCAUCUGAAGCAUCUUGAGUGAUGUGGCAUCUCAGUCUAAUCAGAGUUUUUCAGGUCUGGAACAUAUUGUGAUUGAGGCAUAUAUACUACUGAAUUUCCUCUUACUAUUCUUUGACAUAAAAUAAAUAAUGUUUUCCUUUACUUUUAGGUGCGCCCUUCCCACCCCUCAAGCCUGGCGUGCUUCGUCUGUACAGCAUGAGAUUUUGUCCUUAUGCUCACAGAGCUCGCCUUGUGCUAGCACACAAAAACAUUCAGUACGUUUUUAUCUUCAUUUUCUGAGAGAAAUGCAUGGCUUUUUCUGUUCGUACAAAUAAAUUAAUGCAUUCAAAAUAAAACUGCCACUGACUAAGGUAAUCAAAAGUAUUUUUUUAAAAUUGUUUAUUGAAAAUUACAACCAGCCCUAGGAUGAAACAUUAAUACAAAAUUAUUUUUUUUUUUUGAAGUAUUGAUCUCUUGCUAAGUCACUUAAGUUAAAUUUUUUUUAAAGUUUAUUUUUCUUGCGUUCACAUCGCAGGUAUGAAACCAUCAAUGUUCAUUUAAAAAAUAAACCAGAAUGGUUUCUGCAGAGGAAUCCCCAGGGUGCAGUGCCCACUCUAGAACUUGAUGACAAGGUUAUUUACGAGUCCACUGCAGUUUGUGAGUGGUUGGAUGAUGUCUACACACAGAACAGGCUUCAGCCAAGUGACCCUUACAUUAGGGCUUGGGACAGGAUUCUUCUGGAAGGUUUUGGAAAGGUCAUUAUGUUUCAUAUUUUGUGAAAUAAAUAAUUGAGAAAGUGUCCAAUAUUUUAACGAAGGAUGUUGAACGAAAACUAGAUUUUCAUUUUUGGUUUUGAAACCAACAGCCGGUAGCUGAAAUUCAGAAACUGGUUUUUGAAUUAUCUUUAUCAUGGUAUAAAAAUAAGAAUUUAAAAACAGAAAAAUAAUAAUAAACCAACAGUAAAUGUAUUUUUAUUAUUAUUUAAUAAAUAGAUACUAUAAAAUAAAGAUGCAUAAAAUUGGUAGGAUUCUCAUUAAUGCUAUGGGUAUCUGACAAUACAGCACUCUUGAUUGAUAUCAGCUGACUGAUGGGAAAAAGUGGUCACCUUGUUAUUGCAAGCACUUAUGCCAAAGAUAUAAACAAGUUGGCCAAUUGCCUUCUUCCAUAAAUUUUGCCACCCCCUUCCCUCCCAACAAUUCAACAAAAACUAAAAUGUAAAGAGAAUAUAUAAAGUGAAAAAUAAGCUACCGGUAUUUAAAGUACAUGAAGUGUACCCAAAAUUACCCCCACCUCCCCUAAAAAAAUGCCUAACAUGCAUUCCUCCAGGAAUUAAGCCAUGAUUGUAAAAACCCAAACCGGUUUAAAACAGGGUUUCUAAAAACGAUACAAAAUUUAACAAAAAAACAAAAAUGGUAUUCAGAUAAUAUCCCUAGUUUUAAUCUCUCUUUAUAAUGGUACCAUACUUGAUUUUCAUUUUGGGUUUUCUAGUUUUAGUAAAAAUCAAUGCAUGAAUUAAUCAACUGGAGACAUUGAUAAAACAGUGCGUAGGAAUGUUCAUAUUUUAUUAAAUUCACACCUUUUCUUAAAAAUUUAAAUAAUCAAUUCCUAAAUUGACGCAGUACUAGAAAUGUAAUAAAUUAAAACAACUAAAGACAAUAAUUAUAGAGUCAACAUUUCAGUGCUUGGAAACUAGAAAGAAAGAAAAAAAAAUGACGACUAUUUUUUUUUAUAAUAAAAAAAGAUUUUUUUCUGAUUUUAUAGAUAACCACAGCAUUCUAUUCAGUUUUGAUGAAAGCUGAAGACAGGACUAAAGCUUUUGAGGAAUUUAAUAAGGGUUUAAAAUUCUACGAUGACAUCCUGGCAAAGAGAGGGGGUCCAUUCUUUGGAGGUAAUAAAUUUAUAGUUUAAUGUGUGAAUUUAUGAUGUAAAAUACCAGUAAUUAUUUAAAAUUUUGAACCUUAAAAAAAGUUUUAAAAAUUUAGCAAGACAUUUUUAUCCUUAGCAGAACUUUCGGAAAUAGUUAUAUAUAUAUAUAAUGCAUAUAUAUAUUUUAAUUUUUUUUUUUUUAAACAGCCACUAUGCCUAAAACAAUACCUCUACAUUAUUUCCACAUUUAUGUUUCUUAAGUUAAAUAUUUAAGAAAUAACCUAAUAAUGAUUCUCACUGAAAACACUGAUUUAUUUUUAAAUUUCAGGUAAAUCUCCAUCAAUGGCAGACUUCUAUUUUUGGCCUGUUUUUGAAAGAAUACCUGCUCUGACUACUUGGGAUGCCAGGCUGGAUGUGGACAAAAGCAAGUUCCCUAAAAUUGCUGCUUGGUCUGAGGCCAUACAGCAAGUCCCAGCUGUGAAGGCCACUAUGAAGGAGAAGGCAGAUUAUCUCAGAUUUUUCAAUUCUUUUUCAUCUGGAAAUGUUGAUUAUGAUUUUGGAUUGUAAAAACAUAAAUGCUCUUUUAAAUCUUUGCAAAAAUCAUGAUUAAGAAUGGGAAGAUGAGAUGUCAUCUUUAAUUUUUGUUACAUAAGCUCUAUCACUAGGGGAUAGUUUCAGUUAUAAAUUAGGUAUAAAUGAACUAGCAAAUUUUAGAUAUAUACCUGUAAUUUUUUUUAGUUCAACCAAUAAAUUUUUAUUUUUUACUUGCUGUUUCAACAUUUUCCUCACUAAAGUAAACUGGUGGGCCUCUAUUUUACAUCAUUCUGUCGAUGUUUUAUAGGUUUAAAUCAGAAAAUAAAAAAUGUCCAUAGAAAUAAAUUUUUUUUAAAACCUAAGUUGUUAACUAAAUUAUGUUUACCUAGGUGUCCUAUACACACCUUAAAAAUUUUAAUUUAUUAUUCACAGUCCCAUGACACUUAUAUCAUAUCAUUUAAUGGAUCUCAUUUGAAUGAAAAAUGUUAGCACAAAUUUUAUGUGAAACUUAGGUAUACUCAACUAUUCACUAUUUGUAUAUUUUUGUUCUUUAUAUUUUUGCAUACCAACAAAGCCAUUUUUAUCAAUUUACAUCUUGUUAUAUCUCUACAGUACGGUACAAUCUAAUGUUACAUGUCAAACAAGCAGUUUAGAAUUUUUUCUUUUUAAAAGGCUGGAGUUCUCUUUACUGUUUUGUGGGCAUAGCUUAUUGUUAUUUUUAGAAUUUUUUUUUCCCUUAGACUUGUUUGUUAGCACCUUGUAAUAUUUUGAUACAAUUUAUAUUUUACAAAUGAUAAUCAUUUUUUUUUAAUUAAAAAAUGUACAACUCUUUUCUAAUUUAUUUUUUACUUUAUUCAAGUUUAACUUUUAAAAUUAAACAUAAAACAAAUUGUGUACCCACUGCAUACAAUAAUACAAUCUACCAAGAAUAGUUUCAAGUGUUUUCUGGAAGUGCUUAAUCUAAAUCUAGUUUAAAGAUUUUUUUCUUGUGGCCCGGAGACCAUGGAGGAAGUAAUAGUGUAUUGAUCAUCAUCUUUGGUCUAUGAUUAUACUGCAUGAUAAAGUAAUAUCUUUACUGUAGGCCAAUAUUCCUCUUAAAUAAAGGAGUUCUUGCCCCUGCUUGGAUCACACCAGUUUUUGUAAAAGUUAAACAUGACCAUAGCUUAAAAGCAGUGAUCAUGUCCUACCUGUUUUCACGUGAACCGGUUCUUAAACAUGUAAAAGUUAAUAACUGGUUGUGUAAGUACCCAAAAUAUAUUAAUUCAAGAGUUAAAGCCGUUAAUUUCCCGAUAUUGCUGUGUAAGAUUAACUUCCUCAAGUUUAUCCUCCCAAAUCAAAGCUAGCAGAAAAAUGUGAAAUCACAGAUAUCACUUAUCAAUGCAAAAGAAUUUACCAUGUACCUCGUGUGUUCAAUUGCCUUCACAUAUUUAUCAAAAUUGUCUUGAACUGGUGAUUACUGCAGCACGAUGAGCAAUCCAACUUAUUGUUGACAGUCUUUUCAAUGACAUUCCAGUGUGUUCAAUAAAACCUUAUUUACGAGUGGCAGCAGAAAGGAAGGAAAACGUUCUCUCAAGAAUACCACAAAAUGUUACUCAUGAUGUAGUUUCAGCAACAGAGUGUUGACCAAACAUGAUGUAGUUUCAGCAACAGAGUGUUGACCAAACAUGAUGUAGUUUCAGCAACAGAGUGUUGACCAAACAAGCUUAGGGAAUGAUUCACAUAUUAUCCAAUUCAAAAAUGUCUUUUUGUUCUUUUUUCUUUUCUUUUUUUUUUAAUUAGGGCUUGUACACCUUUAUGAAUUCCAGACAUUGUGGCACCAUUAUCGUAUUUUGUUCAGUCCAUCACUUUAAAGUUUUAAGACAGUCAAUUCACAUAUUAUCCAAUUCAAAAAUGUCUUUUUGUUCUUUUUUCUUUUCUUUUUUUUUUUUUAAUUAGGGCUUGUACACCUUUAUGAAUUCCAGACAUUGUGGCACCAUUAUCGUAUUUUGUUCAGUCCAUCACUUUAAAGUUUUAAGACAGUCAGAACUAAGUUGAUCUGUUUGCUCCCCCAAAACAUUUUGCUUAUUUUAAAUUUCCCAUUGUGGAAUUUCACAUAUAUGAUCACCUCAGACAUCUGGGUCAGUGUGUGAUUGGUCAGGUGUGUUUCAAACAUGAAUCUAAAAUAUAUAACGGGAAUCAACAUCCGAGUUCAUGUUUUUCUGAAGUGAACGCUGCUAAAUCAAGACCCGCUUCGGGCGUCACAAACUUAAUACUAAGCUACGCCCCUAAUCUUAUAUGCUCUAUUGGCAUCCUUUUCUAGUGGCAACCUGUUCUUGUUCUACUCUGUUCUUGUGGUACUAUGUUUUAGUGCCACCCCACUCUUGUAACUAACUUUUAUAUGUUAAGGAACCGACUAGAGCGAGCUCUAUCAAAUUAUCCACACCCCCCUAGCUACGCCACUGCAUAUUUUACUUGAAGUUAUAUUAUAAAUUAGGAAGUUUCAGUGAGUUGAAAAUGUGCUUGGUUUUAGAAACGGGACAUUUAGGCGUCCCGAGAAACUUUUUCGGGACACCGGGUACGAUAGUGAAAAAACGGGAUGAUCUUAUCGCUUAUGACUUUUUUGUUUGCUUCAUUUGAUGUGUAAGUUCAUAAUCAAGACACAUUCAAUUACAACGUUGGCCGUUGGUGCGAAUGUCAUGCAAUAAAACAACGUUGUAAAAUGGGCUCAAUCAAUAAAAAUAGUUAUAUUAUUAUUAUUAUAUGACAUGAUAGUCCAUUAAUUACGUCAAUUUUCACACAAUUUUUUACCUCCUCCCCCUCUGUCAACAACUGUCAAACUUUCGAUGACCCCCCCUAUUUAAUUAUGUCAACAUUUUAUACCCUCUCAAAAAAUAAAAAAAUAAAACAUAUUAAUAUUAAUUAAUAAUACAUUUUACUUUGUGCAGAUCUAUUUAAAUGACACAUAAAAUUGUAGGUAAAUUAUUUUAUUACAUGUUUAGCUUGUUAAUCAACAAGUUAAAAAGUUUGUAAACUUAAAUUUUAUAGUGCAGAAUCAAUUAAAAGGUUGUUAAGGACUAAAUAUCAUUGUUUUUGGGGGUAUUAAUAUGAUUAUUGACAGUAUAACUGACAAUUAUAGCAUAGUUUCUGUUGCUACUAUCUUCCCAUGGAGUAGCCAGGUGUUGCUGCAUCGUAACAAUGGGCAUCAAGGACAUCAUUUGGGUAGGGCAGGGGGGCAUUAGCCCCCCCCCCAUUUCGCUGGUUUUAUUUGAAUUGCAAUGUACUGUGGCGCCUCAAGUGAUAACUUAACAAGCCGACUAAAAUUAUUUAUUUUUUUUCCCCCCCCCCCCCCCCCCCCCCGUAGUUAUAUUACGGGUCCCGGUAGUCAUAAAUAUAAAUAAACAUAAAGACAUAGAUUGUGAUAGAUAGAUAUUUGAUUUGUUAAAGUUAAAGAUAUGGAUGUUUAAAAUUUUACAAAGAUUAAUGUUAAAUUAUACUUAAAAAAUUCCAUAUAAUUUAUACUAUAAAUUUGUUUAUUUAGUAAAACUUGUGGAGUUGGCAAACAUGACCCGGGUUAUAUGUUUAAAUAAAUAUGGGUCCAAGUUCUGAACACAACAUGGACCCGGUACUAGAAGCCAAGUCAAGAUGACACAAAUCUUGCUUUAAAAAAAAAUAAAAAAUUAUCAGUCCAUUGCUAAAUUACUGCCAUGCUAGUGUUUACACUACAAACAAAUAUAUAUAUAUAUUUUAUAUAGUCAUGAUGACAGGCACUUUGUAAUAUCUUUGGCCUUUGACCUCGAUAUAAAAACAAUCAUUGAACGAACGGUUAGCGAGUAUUCAGUAGUUUGAGAACUGGCAGGACUGCGUCUAUCAGCUAUUAGUACACAUUGCACUAAUUUGACUAAUAUUAGGCCCAAAAUGACACAGAAAUCAUUUGCAAAAGGUAAAUAUACUGGUAUUAUUAUUAUACCGACAAAAUAAUUUAAUGAAGUCUUUUGAAGAGGAGAAGUUUAGUAAGAAGGGUAAAUAGUAUUAUUUGCCGUAAGAAGUAUAUUAUUAACAUUAUUAUUAUGUAUAAUUUAAUGUAGUCAACUAGAGACAAUAUAUAUUGAUAUUGUGAUCUGUGUUUUCCCAAGCGAGUGGCUUCACCUUUUGAAGCCUUUUACCUUUAUUAUAAAAUCGUCAUGCCUUUUAGUAAAAGUUUUACCAUGCCAACUAGGGCUACAUUUAUAUGUACAAUAUUUACAUCAGUGAUAGUGAUUGUGAUCAGUACACAUUAAACUUAAACAUAAAGUCUAACAUUUGCAGCUAGACUAGCAGCUAGUAUUUGCAAAAAGAUGCAAUUUAAUUAGUAUAACAUUAAAAGUAGACUUUUCAGAAAAUUACCUACUUGUAAAAUGAUAUGACAUAUGAUACUGGGGCAGUAUUGGGCACUAUUGGUACAGGUAAAUUCAGCACUUGCAUCCAAGUUUUAAGAAAUUAAGUGCAGCAAAUUUUGUCAAGAAAGAUAAUACAGAAUCUGUUUGCUCAAAAUAAGGGGCAGUCCAAAAAUAAUGUCAGACAAAAUAGGGGGUGAGAGGAGGGCGGUUGGAAAAUGUUUGACAAUAUGACUGGGGGGGGGUCAAAAUAAAAUGAUGUCAAGUAUGAUAUAUAUAGUAUAUAGAUAGAUAUACAAAAAUCAAUCAUAAAUAGUAAAUAGGCCUAGAUUAUAGAUCAUUUGCUGCAAAAUAUUUUUAUAUUUAAAUGGUUAUUAAUAAUUAACAAAUUACCACUUGCUCCUUAAGAAAAUAAAAAAAAAAAGAUUUGUCAGGUCAGUUCAAGUUGUUGUCAAAAGACUGAGAGAUUAGAGCCUCUCCCAAGAAAAUAUUUUGAUAAAUUCAAAUUGCAGGGAUGCAUUUUGGCCCAUAAUUGAAUUUAUUUUUUGGGGUCAUUUUGCACUUGAUCAGAGAGGAAACGGUGAACAACCUUUCUCAUUCUGCGCCCCCAAACAAUGGAAUUCUCUCCGACUAAACUUCCACAAUAUACCGACCACCCAGGCCUUCAAAACUGCACAAAAAAAACGCUUUAAACUCUACUAUCCAGACUGAUUCCCCCCUCUGUCCGAUAAAUGAUGCUGCUGGGUGCCGUCCAUGGCAUGUCAUGUAAAAGUUCUGGGGUGGGUGGGGUGAAUAUAGGCUAAAUUUGUUUUUUGUUUUGUUGUUAUACAGCUGUUUUUUAAUUAAAUAAAUGUAUGUUAUUUUUUUAAAAUCACGAUUAUGUUUGCUAAAAUUUUUAUGUACAGCGCAGUGAGUUCAGCCCUAGGCUGGGGACUGCACUAUAUGACAAGUCAUACUAAUAAUAAUAACAGAAUAACAUGUUGAGGGAAAUUUAGCACUGGCUCACAAGCACUCUAUGAAUAACUAAGAUUAACACUAUUUUGUAAAUGGAAAUGUCAAUAAAGUGUUUUUCUUAACUAUUAUUGUUUAAAAAAUUAGAUGUAACAUUAUAAUUAUAUCUAACAGUAAUUGACGUGUACAUUUUCAGUAAGCAAUUUAAUUGUGUAGCAAUUAAGCAAUAAAUCAAAUGUAAGUUACACAACUGCCACACAGUAUAUUGUAAAUCUCUUUAAUAGAGUCAAGUGUUCCCAGUUGUCAGCGGAAGCCUAUCAUUGCUAUGUCAUAAUUAUAUAAGUACCCAUUUUUGAUGAACUUUGAAAUGCUGUUAGGGAGUUUCCAAAGUUUCAAUGCAACAGGAGGAAAAUCUUUUAGUCACAGAAUGAUUGAAUAUUCUUUCGCUGCAACAGUAUCAUUCAUUAUGCCCGGAUCUUCCCAAUUCUGUUAAUUAAUAUAUUUUUUACCGAUAUUUGUAAUUUUAUGACAUUUCUUUUUUCCAAGUAAAAAGUGACACUAAUCACUAAUUAAAUGGAAUUCAAUCUAUUUGUGAAAAGACUAUUAGGGUAUUUGUUUAAAUUUUAACUCACUUUCAUUGCAGGGUCUACAUUCCCUCCACUUAAGCCUGGAGUUCUUCGCUUGUACAGCAUGAGAUUCUGUCCUUAUGCUCAGAGGACAAGACUGGUCUUGGCUUAUAAAAGUAUUCAGUAAGUAAAAAUUUAAUUUUUCUGGCGGAAGGGGAUUUUAACUCUCUCUAUCCAGAAUAAAUUACCACAUUCUGGCGGUCUUGUUUAUUUUGCAUAUUUGCUACGCACUACUAUGUUGUUCUUAAACCAUCAUAACUUUUUUUUUUUUUCAUCAGAAGCAUGCACUUUACAGGCAAUAGAGACUUAAGUUGAAAUUUUAAUAUAUAAAUGUAAUUAUGAUUUAAGGAAAUUAAAAAUUUUAAAUAAAAAAACUCACCAAAUGUUUACAAAACACCCAUUCCAACUCCGGCAAAGAGAAAUUUAUAAUCCAAAGCGUAACAAAAAUGUUUUUUUCUCUGAACUUAAUUCAUAUGUGCAUCACAAAUAAUAAAGAUCACAUAAAAAAACAAACAAACACCAGAGCACAUUAUUCAAUGUCAAAGCCACAUAAAAAAAUGUCAGAAAAAAACUAUUUUAACUGGAGACACUCUGUUGCUAUUAGAAAAUAUUUGCACUGUAUCCUUGUGUGUACUAACAUUUGAGCCUAUUGAGAACGCAUUUAAAAAUAAAAAUCAGUUGUUUUCCCCAUGACACAAUGGCUACUGUUCAGCCAAAGAGCGAAAUAAUUAUGUCACAAAAUUACAGCACACAGCACCGAAGCAAAAAAAAAUGAAUGUUUACUAAAUUUGUCACUACGGCAAGUAAGCUAAAUAUUACUGUUCAUUGUGAAAACACUAAGUCACUAAGAAACAAUAUUAGAAUCAUUACAAAUGAUGUGGCUGUGUUGUUUUAUAACCUUUAAAAAUAUUUAGAUACCUCUCCUACCCCUCCCAAGAACACCCUGUACGCUUCCAUGUCUAUGAGACCCCUACCCCCUCCUUUUUCAGUGCAUAUAUAGUAAAAUUAUAGGUGGUCCCCAGUUAAUUGUAUAUCUCUGUCUAUCUUGAUGUACAAUCAUAAAAGACUCGUUGAAAUUGUACGCCAAAAUCAUAAUAGUAAACAGGUCUGACUUAGGUUUAAGUCUUUCGGCUUAUUUAACUUUAACUGAUAUAUUCAUAAACAAAAGUUGAAUUAAGUUCUAAUUUUGUUAUAAUUGUAUAUCUACAGAUAUGAAACAAUCAAUAUUGAUCUACAGAACAAGCCUGAAUGGUUUUUUGAAAAGAAUCCUCUUGGCUUAGUACCAACUUUGGAACUUGAUGACAAAAUAAUUUAUGAAUCCACUGCAACCUGUGAUUGGUUGGAUGAUGUUUACCCACAGAACAGACUUCAGCCAAGUGACCCUUACAUUAGGGCUUGGGACAGGAUUCUUCUGGAAUAUUUCGGAAAGGUCAGUAGAUAUUUUAUGAUCUCUGCAAAAAGACACUAUACAGGAGAUUUCUUUCUUUUGUAGUUAUAAACAGACUGAUGAAACAUGUUUACAGCCAUGUUAACUCAUUCCUAACGGCUGUGCUACUCAGAACUUAAAUUGUAUUCCUGAACUAAGGGAAGUAACUCUGUUUUGCAAUCGACUAACAUUUGUAAAAUACUUAUUUAGCUGCUAAAUAUUAAUUAAUAUUAUUGAUAUUAGCAACCAGAAAUUUAUCGAGUUUAAUAAAAAUAUAACAUUAAUGGCAAACAAAUAACAAGCAAUGACUAAAAAGUCGAUUUUUGGCACACGUAGGUUGAAAGCGAAACGAACUUCCAAUUUUUUAAAUUGGAAUCACGCCAUCACCAGAAGUCUGGAGGGACGUGAGAUUUCAGUGCUAUUUUAAAAUAAAAAUGACAAAUGUGUGUUGCUAUGCUCUGGGACGCAUUCAUAGAAACCCUCAAAAGACACGUUUAGUUGCUACUGUCAUGAAUGAACAACCACUUUUAAUACCUCAUUACCAUAUACUUACAUCCGGUAGGGUUACGCUCACCUAACUUAGGAAUCCUUACUAAAUCAGUCAGACUGCCUAGAAUUUUGUACACCAGGUAACAUUUUCAAACAUUGGAAGAAUUUAAUGUGCCUUGGAAGUAUUAACUAAAAUCUUUAAUUUCAAUUGCUUAUCAAUUUUAGGUGACCACUCUAUUUUAUACCUUCAACCGAAAGCCAGAAGAGAGAGAAAAACUUAUUGAUGAGUUUCAAAAGCACUACAAAUUCUAUGAAGAUAUUCUUGCCAAAAGAGGGGGCCCAUUAUUUGGUGGUGAGUAUAUGUUCAAUGUUAGUUAAUAGAACAUUUGUGUGUCAGUAUCAGUAAAUAGAACAUUUGUGUACAUUUUGUAAAUCUGUUUUUUAUUUAGGGUAAUUAAAGGCCAUCCAUAUAGUACUUUCACACUGAGGAAGGGAGGUCUUAGUAGAAAGUAUGUAAAUUUAUUCAUAAAAUCUGCAAUAAUUUUCCUGACAGUACAUAAAUAGCAUAAUUAUAUCUAUAAUGGUGUAUUAGAAGCACCACACCUGGUUUUGUAGUUAUUACCGUCAUGUUGCCUUGUGUUUUCUGAAGUGAAUUGGCUAUAUAUCACUAUAAUGGUAGGCCUACUCAAUAAUAGUAAUAUUUAGUCCACCAUAAAUCCCAUGUACCUGUUGUGAUAUAUUUCGUUGGGCUUUGUCAGUGGUUCCUAAAUAUUUGUGGAUUCUCAGCCACCUUGCCAAAUUUAGGUUUGCACCAAGUGCUCUGUGUUAAUUUCUUCCAAGUACACUUCAAUUUACCGAUAGCUAAUACAUUUAAAAAUAAUUAAAUAACAGGCAGGGUAAAAAUAAAUAAACAAGUAUGUGCGCCACUAAGCGUCAUUUAGCAACUGCAAACAAAAUUGGUGCUCAUGCAAGUUAUUGUAGUGACCUGUAAUAUUUCAUGGUGCCCCUGCCAUAAUUCAACAGCAAAUCAGGGCAGGACGGUGCCAAUGAAAAGUGCUGCCCAGGGCGUUCCUCCUUAUAUAUAUGUUUAAAACGUGCCGCCAAGGGUGGACCAGUAAAAAUAAGAUUUUAGGCGCCCCUUCUCUUUGUGAAGUUCAAGGGAUUUUAUUGUUUAAUUCACCAUUAAGGUCAUAUCUUAAGAUCAUUUUGGUCCUGCCCCGUGUUGCAAUUUAAAAUUAGAGAAAAAAAAACAACUGUAUUGAGAGCAAUUAAAAUAGAAAUGAACCACAAACAUUUUAAGAUUUAUAAACAUUAUAUCAGUUUCUCUCUCCUUGUCUUAAAUCCCAUCUUCCCGCUACCUCUAUUUUAAUGAAACUCUCCCCGUCUUCCAGCGCAUGCUCCCCUACACUGGAUAUACUGAGAGAAAUUUUAUUUUUGUUUGUGUAAACCAGGCCUGCACAACAUACGGCCUGUGAAGUCAAAAAAUAUUCUUUAUCAUUUUCUUAAUAGCUUUCCACCCUGUCCUAUAAUCUUUCGCACCGCACAAGUUUUUCAUAAAGUAUUAGCGCCCGCCUUACAUUUUUGAGUUGUGCAGGCCUGGUGUAAACUAAUCUAAUAUACCUCCACAUGCUUCCUAAACUGCAACACACUCUUGUCAAUUCUCCCCAACUCAAACCACCCAUCACCUUAUAUUUAUAUUGUUUCUGUAUUGGGGGGACAGAGUCUUUCAAAUAAUUCUUGCCUAGUCUAUUUGAUAGCAUCAAGCUCACUGAAGCAAAACUGUUUUAUGAUACGUUAACCAUUAACAAAAGGAACUGAUCCUCUCGCAGGUAACAAGCCAUCCAUGAUAGACUUCUUCCUAUGGCCUCAUUUGGAGAGAAUACCUGUCCUUGAAACCAUUGACUCUAGGGUUGGUGUGGACAAGGCAAAGUUCCCUAAACUUGCUGGAUGGUUUGAUGCCAUGUAUCAAGUGCCAGCGGUCAAGGAAACCAUGUGGGAUGUCAAGACCCAUUUACAAUUCUUCCAGUCAUAUGCAGCUGGAAAACCAGAUUAUGAUUUUGGCCUUGAGGAUUAAAACUGUCCAUUAGAAAGAAAACUACCUUUCUUAAUGCAACAGAAAUGAAAAGCAAUUGGCUCAUUUAUUUGGUAUAGAAUACAGAAAGAAAUAUUUACCAGAUCAGAUAAAAAAAUAUUUGGUACUGGUAGACUAAUUGUUACUUAAAAAAUAAACAUGCAAAUCUUUAUAAUCUUUUUUGUGUGGAAAUGUUCACCCACUAUUUAUUACACAGUAAAGAAAGUUUAUAUUUAAAUAGUCCCACAAAAGAUACAGUACUGACGCAACUCCAUGCGUAGAGAAAGUUAUGAACAACAAAUUUUAUGCUAAAGUUGGA